UUUUUUUUUCCCUGUCUCUCCUUUUUGCUUUCCACCACUUGAUCCUUGGCUCCUAUAUUUAGCUCGUCCCCAGGGUGCUAUUUCGACUGCAUGGCAAGUCGUUUAUAAGUCCCUGGCUCGCCACUCCCCCUUUUCCUCUCUUCCCUUGGUCCAACUUGUAGUUGAGUUAGCGCAAAACAAACUUUCCCCUUUCUUUCCCAAACUCCCCCUUUUUUAACGCCACAAGCACUUUCCCUCUUUCUUCUUUCCCUACAUAAACAAUCCGAUCCCCUCCUCAACCCUUAGAAGUGUUUUGAAAACAAGAGACCCAACCUCGGGGGGCGGAUCAUCAUUCCCCCGAGCUGUGUUUUGAUCCAUACGUACAUAAACAAGACACGUGUCUCUCUCUUUGGACCUCGAGCGUGUGGACGGACGCCCGAUUGGACGGCUUGAAGCCAUGGGGCAAGCGGAGGAGCUGAUCCGGACGGCCAAAAAGUUGGAUAAGAUGGUGUCGAGGAAGAACACGGAAGGAGCUAUGGACCUCUUGAAGAAACUGAAUAGCUGUACCAUGAGUGUUGAGCUGCUGCAGACCACCAAAAUUGGUGUGGCUGUCAACACAGUGCGUAAGCAUUGCUCAGACAAGGAAGUGGUGGCGCUGGCUAAACUCCUUAUCAAAAACUGGAAGAGGCUAUUAGAGUCAUCUGGGACACAGAAAGGGAAGAAAGAGAAAGACAUAGCUGUCUCUGGCUGGAAAGCUGAAGGGGCCCUUUCCAACUCUGUGGAUGUCUGCAAAAAUCCUGAUAGAAAACAGAAAGACAGGAAAUUGAAUCAAUCCAGCUCACAUGAAGUCAUGCUGAAGAGUAGUUCUUCCUUGAUCUCCAAAUCAGACAGAGACCCCAAAGACGCUUCUACUUCCCGAAAGUCACACUUGGAGCUCAAAAAAGAGAGGAGGGAUUCCAAAGAUUCAAGAUCUUCUAGCUCUACUUCUAGUUCCUCUACUUCCUCUCCCAAGAGACUGUUGGUGGACAGGAGAACCUCCACCAGCUCCAACCCAGCAGCCUCGCCUCCUGGAUCUCAUAAAAACAAAGAGGAUAGCAAAGAUGAAAGAUCAAAUGACAGAUCUCGAAGUGAGGUGUCUAGGAUGCCAGCCAGCCCUGUCAUGCCAACAUUCGGAACUUCUGUCUGCUUCUUGCCCUCCUGCUAUUUGACUGGAGACUCCAUUAGGGACAAGUGUAUUGAGAUGGUUUCUGCAGCCCUGAAAAUGGAUGACGAUUACAAAGAAUUUGAGGUCAACUGUGAUAAGAUGGCAGCCGAGAUUGAAAAUCAUAUCUACCAAGAACUGAAGAGCACAGAUAUGAAAUACCGGAACCGGGUGAGGAGCAGAAUUAGCAAUCUGAAGGACCCCAAGAAUCCUGGUUUGCGUCGCAAUGUGCUGUGUGGAAGCAUCCCGCCAGCCCUAAUUGCAAAGAUGACAGCAGAGGAAAUGGCUAGUGAUGAACUGAAGGAGCUAAGAAAUGCCAUGACACAAGAAGCAAUCCGAGAGCAUCAGAUGGCAAAGACAGGAGGGACCGCCACCGAUCUCUUCCAGUGCGGAAAGUGCAAGAAAAAGAACUGCACCUAUAAUCAGGUGCAAACCCGGAGCGCCGAUGAGCCCAUGACAACUUUCGUGCUCUGUAAUGAGUGUGGCAAUCGCUGGAAGUUCUGUUGAUGCUCUUUGCACCCAUAUGCCAGCGCCACGAAGAAGUACCUGUUGCAGCUGAAGAGAUAAGAGAACCUUUGAACUGUCCACUGGUGAAAUAAAAACAGGGAAAGAAAAACAGCCUGCAAAGGUUGAAAUGCUGAAGUUUCAACUCCCACCCCAUCAGAUAAUCUCUUUUUAAAAAAACACAGUCGGUUUGAAUGAAUUACUCCAAUGGAAUCCUAUCUUCGUACUCAUUCAAGUGAUAUAUUGGUGCCCUCACCGAAAGGGCUGUGUGUGUGUUCUGCAGUUAUAUUAUGCAAAGGCAGACAUUAACACUGAGCAUAGAAGACCAAGAGAUUGUGGAUUGUUCCCUGCUUUUAUUUGGGGAAAAUGUAAAAUUUUUCCAUUCUUAAGGCUGCAGAGAUUGGUUUGGCAGUGCAUGCAUGGACAAUGUGUAGUGAUAUCUCCAAAACAGAGAAAGUUUCUGAUAUCAUGAGCACGUGGAUUGGGAAGGCCUGGCUCGGUGAUCAACAGCUUAUUUAAAUCACAAAGUGUAGUUUGUUAAGGCAAAUUGAAAGUAACAUGUAAAAUCAGCGACUAUAACUGCAAGGGAGGAAAAAGGAUGGGAUGUAUGCAGUUCUGACUCUGUAAUUGGGAUUCAAAAACUACAGGUAGCAUCUAUUAGAACACGGGUGUCAAAUUUGCCGCGUCACAUUCAUGUCAGUGACAUAUCGCAAUGUUUUUUACCUUCACGGAGCUGAGGCGAGUAUAGCCUGCACACGAUGGCAUCUGGCCCAUAGACCACCAGUUUGACACCCCUGUAUUAUAAGGUUCAUAGAGGUACAACCUUUAAUUGGCUGAAUUGGUUGAUCCCCUUGGCAUUUCCAUCCACUGUUUUGUUCAACAUCCCCCAAAGCCCUAUUUUAUUUAUUUUGCUAAGUUUGGGAUGUAUUUUUUGGGCAAGAGAGGUCACCUUAUGUCAAGAAAGAGACCUUUAAAAGAAAGAGCAUCAGCCCAGGUACAGUAGAACCUCUGGUCACGACAAUAAUUCAUUCCAUAACUUUGGUGGUAACCCAAUUUGGUCAUGAUCCGAACCUAAUUUUGGAAAUUAGGCGCUUACAA